AUGAAGUUUGUUUCAGUUGCUGUUAGGUCAUUAAGUACCAAUUUGUCACAUCAGUUUUAUCAGACUCAUAUGAUCAGAAGUCUUUCAACUUGGAGAUUUACAGAUAAUGGUACUGGUGAGCAGCAUGCUAACAAGUCUGAGUCUCCUGAGGAGUUUGGGAAGUUUGGUGAAAAUCGUGCUAGAUAUGCCCAGUUUGAUUCCUUCCUUGAAAAGAUUAACCAACCGGGAAUGGCUCGACAGAGACCUGGUUCAGGAAAUGGUGCUAGUUCUGAGAUGAUGCAUCUUUUUGAAGAGAGUCAUGACACAUUAUUAGAUGGAAUGGAUGUAAAAUUGAAGAAUGCUGCCACAUACUUUGAAGUUGAUGAGGAAGAAAUAAACAAAGAGGAUUAUGCUUUUCGAUAUGAUGCCAAUUUUCCAAUUGAUUCAAAAUAUGAUGUAAAGGCUCUGGAUCUUACAAAACCUGGUGUACGCAAGCCUCCCGCAAGGAAUGAAUUCAGUGUAACCACCAAAGAAGUUCUUAGUCAAGCAGAUUUCAGGAAUGUUAGAUUCCUGGCAAAAUUCAUAACAGAGGCAGGAAUUAUUAUCAAGAGAAGCAAGACUGGCAUUAGUGCAAAGGCUCAAAGGAAGGUUGCCAGGGAGAUAAAAACUGCCCGAGCAUUUGGCUUGAUGCCCUUUACAACAAUGGGAACGAAGUCAUUUAUUUUUGGGAGAACCAUGAAGAAUCUUGAUGAAGAUUUUGAAUACGAAAGUAAGAUAGAGGAUGGGGAACCUGAUAUGGAAGGAGACCAAGUACUUGGUCUGUUUAUCGUCUCCUUUUUAAGCAAUACUCUGACUGUCAGCAGUGUUGCUGAUAUAUUGUUUGUUCUUGGGUGUCCUGGAAAAUUCCUUAUCUUCAUGUUCUUAGAUAAUGGUACUGGUGAUCAGCAUGCUAACAAGUCUGAGUCUCCUGAGGAGUUUGGGAAGUUUGGUGAAAAUCGUGCUAGAUAUGCCCAAUUUGAUUCCGUCCUUGAAAAGAUUAACCAACAGGGAAUGGCUCGACAGAGACCUGGUUCAGGAAAUGGUGCUAGUUCUGAGAUGAUGCAUCUUUUUGAAGAGAUUCAUGACACAUUAUCAGAUGGAAUGGAUGGAAAAUUGAAGAAUGCUGCCACAUACUUUGAAGUUGAUGAGGAAGAAAUAAACAAAGAGGAUUAUGCUUUUCGAUAUGAUGCCAAUUUUCCAAUUGAUUUAAAAUAUGAUGUAAAGAAUCUUGAAUAUGUUUGUCUGGUGCUGUUAUAUGAUCCGUCAAAACCCAAACUUCCACUGCACCUCCAUCGUGCUUCAACACCGAACCCACUUCAACAAAACACCAAUCGCGAAAUUCAACGCACCGCCGCAAUGGCUUCACCGGCAGCGAUGCCCAUUCUUGUCGCCGCCGUUCUAUUCGUCAUUUCGAUUGCAAAAUCAGCAGACCCACAUGACUGUGCUGCCUCACGGAAUCAGAAUACGCAGACCCUCCGUCGCGACAAAGUCACAGUCUUGAUAAACGGCUUCUCGGAGUCGCGCAUCCCCCUCCUUCAAUCCCUGGCCGCCGCGUACUCCCUCUCCCCUGUCGUUUCCUCCGUGCUCGUCCUCUGGGGAAACCCCGCCACCGCGCCACUUGUCCUGCGCCAACUGGCCCACAACCUCUCCUUCUCGUCUUCCUCCGCGCCCAUCUCGCUUCUCCCCCAACCCUCCGCCAGCCUCAACAACCGCUUCCUUCCGCGCCCCAGCCACAUCUCAACCGACGCCGUUCUGAUCUGCGACGACGACGUCGAGGUGGACCCCAGGUCGUUGGAAUUCGCGUUUCGCGUGUGGGAGAAAAACCCGCAGCGACUAGUGGGAGUCUUCGCGCGGUCCCACGACCUCGAUCUGAACCGAAGGGAGUGGGUCUACACUGUCCACCCGGACCGGUUUUCCAUCGUGCUGACGAAGUUCAUGCUUCUGAGAGGCCACUAUCUGUUCCUGUACACGUGCGGGGGUGGAGCUCAGAUGGCCCGCGCGCGUGCGAUCGUGGACGCGAUGCAUAACUGCGAGGACGUGCUGAUGAACAUGGUGGUGGCUGAGGAGGCGCAGGUGGGGCCCGUGCUGGUGUGGGCGAAGAGAGUGAGGGAUUAUGGGGACUCGAGAAACGAGGGGGAGGAAGCGGUGAGCGUGGUGGGUUUGAGUAGUAGGAAAAGGGAGCAUAGGAAGAGGAGAGGGUGGUGCAUUCAGGAGUUUCAUAGGGUGUUGGGGACAAUGCCUUUGAGGUAUACCUAUGGCAAGAUCGUUGAUGAUGUUCGGGAACAGGGGUUAUGUUACAAAGGUGGCAACUUUGUUUUUUGCGAUCGAUCAUAA